AAUCAGCUGCACGGCACGGACCCCCAUUGGACUGAACCGAGACGAACCGAACCGAACUGAGCCGAACUGAGCCGAACUGCAAGAGGAGCCUAUCCCGAGCCAAGUUCCUCCCGCAGUGUGCAGUCUGCUCAGCGGGGACUCUGCAGCUGUGUGUCAGUCGUUAUGGAGGCUCCGGGCGGCCCGAGGCGGAGGAUCGUCCCGGUCCCGCUGCUGGUUCUGCUGCUCUGCUGCACCGCCUGUACGGGACACGCCGAGAGGGUGUGUCACUGCAGCGGGAAGUCUCUCUGUCACUGUGACGGGGUCAAAGGUCAGAAGGGUGAAUCUGGUUACCUUGGAUAUGACGGACUUCCUGGAGUGAUUGGUUACCCUGGAAACGAGGGCCACCAGGGCUCACCUGGAGAAAAAAGAGAACAUGGAACAGCAGGAGGUUCAGGUCUGAAAGGCUCUCGGGGUCUUCCAGGAAAACCAGGUUUCCCAGGUCCUCCAGGACUGCCGGGACUCCCCGGACAUGAAGGAACCAUUGGCCGAGCAGGACUCCCAGGAUGCAACGGGACAAAGGGGGAUGUUGGUUACCCAGGGUUCUCUGGGGUUCCAGGAUCUGUCGGCAUUCAAGGUCGACCAGGACAGCGAGGUGCAAAGGGUGAAACGUACGUUUUUCCCGACACUCAGGAAAUUAAAGGAACAACAGGACCACAAGGACGAGACGGAGAAAAUGGGCUAAAUGGAGAUCCAGGUGAACCGGGCCUUCCAGGACAACCAGGAUCCGCCGGACUUCCUGGAAGUCCAGGGUUGUCGGGGUUAGCAGGAGAGAAGGGUCAGGAGGGUCCCAGUCCAGUGAUACCAGGUCCCAGCGGACAGAGGGGUGAUCAAGGCCCGCCGGGGAUCCCUGGACAGAAAGGAAUUAAACUGUACGCUGAAGGACCCAAAGAACUGAAGGGAGAACCAGGAGACGGUGGAGCGAAAGGUUGUGAUGGACUUCCUGGUGUGCCGGGGAAACAGGAGGUUAAAGGAGACAAGGGCGGGCGAGGCGAUCCUGGUUCACUAGGUAAACCGGGGAAGGAUGGAGUCCGUGGGGAGCUGGGAGAACAGGGGGAGGCAGGGGGCCGGGGGUACCUCGGUCCUCCAGGUAUUGAUGGAGCCACGGGAGAGAAAGGUGAUCAUGGUUUUCCAGGUCUUCCAGGAGAGACGGUUUUUCAACACAUAUUCCUGAAGGGCCAGCGUGGUGUCCCCGGGCCCCCAGGAGUCCAAGGAGUCCAAGGAGAACAAGGACUCAUUGGUUUUCCUGGACUGCAGGGAGAGCCAGGUGUGGCUUCCACUGGUCCACCGGGCCACCAGGGGCCACCUGGCUCAACUGGACCCAAAGGAGAAUCAGGAGAGCCAGGGACGCUCAUCGUCGGGCCCCCAGGACAAACUGGAGUACCAGGAGGUCGUGGAGUUGAAGGAGAACCAGGAGAACCAGGAAUACCAGAUUUUCUGCUGGGAGACGUUGGUCUUCCAGGAGCCAAAGGUUUAAAAGGCCCGAUGGGUUUUCCUGGAAUCAGAGGGGAGGAAGGACGAGCGGGUGAGAAGGGGGCGGUGUGCUCGGUCUGUAACCUUGUUCCUGGUCCCCCCGGACCUCCAGGCAAACCAGGAGAGCCAGGUGAAAAUGGGGUGACAGGAUCAGUCGGUUUUCCAGGACCCAAAGGUCAAAAAGGGGUAAAAAGUGUUGGAGGACCACCUGGUCCACAGGGCCCCUUUGGUAUCCCCGGCCUCCCGGGUUCCCCAGGACCUGUUGGUGACCCUGGGAUCAUGCAGAGGGUGGGGCAGAAGGGUGAGGACGGGGGUGGAGGGGCACCGGGACCACCAGGUUUCGAAGGGACAGAUGGAUCUCGAGGAUUUACAGGACCAAAAGGUGUUCUGGGACAGAAAGGAAAUCCUGGGCCUCUGGGGACAAAAGGUGAAAGGGGCCCGCUUGGUGAGACUGGUGCAAGAGGAUUAACAGGUCAGAUGGGACCUCCAGGACCACCUGGAAUUGGGGAUCCAGGACAUCCAGGUCCUAAAGGCAAUGUUGGAGUCCUGGGACAGCGAGGGGAUCCUGGAAAACCAGGUGAAAAAGGUUCUCCAGGUGAAAUCAGAACCUCUCCAGGAGAUCCAGGACAGAAAGGAGAGAAAGGUUUAUCUGGAAACCCGGGACCUGAAGGCGUGACAGGAUUUCCAGGCUAUCCAGGAUCUGUUGGUCCAAAGGGAGAAAGAGGAGAUGAAGGAUUUUCAGUCCAGGGGCCUCCAGGUUUUCCCGGGGUCAAAGGACUUAAGGGCCCUCCAGGAGCUCCAGGUUUACCAAGUUUUGGUAUCAAGGGACGUGCAGGUCCAUCAGGCCCCCCAGGGAUGCCGGGCCCCAAGGGGGACGGCGGUAUCGGUUUUCCAGGUCAGCAGGGUCAGUCAGGUCCCCAGGGGGAAGAUGGUUCUGUGGGGCCUCAAGGAAACCCUGGACCACAGGAAUCAGAUGGAGUUCCAGGACCUCCAGGACAAGACGGACCUCCCGGACCCAAAGGUCGUAGUGGUCUGGAUGGUGUACCUGGUACGGUUGGUUCUGUUGGACUGUGUUUAGCUGGAACUCCGGGACCUGAAGGAGAGCAGGGACAAAUGGGCAUCCUUGGAUUCACAGGGACACGGGGCCCAAAGGGUGCGCAGGGUGACCCCGGCCGGCCAGGCUUGGGACCCCCGGGGCCUCAGGGGCCUUUUGGGGCCCCAGGGUUUGAUGGAGCUCCAGGGCCAGUAGGAGAAGUUGGACUGAAGGGCCUGAGAGGGACCAAUGGGGAGCCAGGAACCACAGGCAUCAGAGGGGACAUGGGUCCUCCAGGAGUUCUUGGAAGUCCAGGGGAUGAUGGAAAACGAGGAGAGAAUGGACGACCAGGACCGAAAGGUCAGAGGGGUGUUGACGGGGUCAGGGGUUCUCAGGGGCCUCUGGGGCCUCAGGGGAACCGAGGAGAAACUGGACCAAAAGGAUUUCAGACAGCUGUGGAGAUGUAUGGAGAUCCUGGAGAUUCUGGAGUCCCGGGGCCAACAGGUCUCACUGGUACAAAGGGAGACAGGGGCCUCCUUGGGCCACAGGGCCUCGACGGCAUCAAUGGUCGACCUGGAAAUGGCGGGCCGCAGGGACUUUCUGGAGAUACAGGCAGAGAUGGAGAGAAAGGUCCUCCUGGUCCUUGUGGACUCAACGGUAACCAAGGAGAGAUGGGGAAGCCAGGUUUUAAAGGGGGUAAAGGUUGUGCAGGGCCUUGUGGGGAACCUGGAUCAGAUGGAAUACCAGGACAAGGAGGACUUAAGGGUGCUAAAGGAGAACCAAGUCCACCUGGACCAGGAUCUAAAGGAUUUCCAGGAGAAAAGGGGAAUCGAGGAUGUUCAGGAUCAUCAGGAACAAAGGGGCAACCAGGGGACAGUGGAAACUUUGGUCCUCCAGGAGAUAGUGGCCCCUGUGGCCCCAAAGGCCUUUCUGGACUCCCGGGAUGCAGAGGUCCUCCUGGGACUCCUGGUGAAAAGGGUUGUCAUGGUCCUCCAGGGAAAAAUGGCCCUUCAGGACCCACAGGCCUCACAGGUAACAAGGGGUCUCCUGGAGAUCCUGGUCCAGCUGGUUCCAGAGGAAACCAGGGACAGGACGGGAUACCUGGUCCUCCUGGAGAGAAAGGAGCUAUGGGAGCUCCUGGAAUCGGAUCCCGGGGCCCAGAGGGGAAGACAGGUCCACCUGGUUGCAUUGGAGAGAAUGGUCCUCCUGGUGUCUGUGGUCCACCUGGCCCCCCUGGUCCUGGGGGAAACCCAGGUUGUCCUGGUCCUGCUGGACCUCAUGGUCCUUCUGGUUGCCCUGGCAAGGAGGGAGUCUGCACUGAAGGAGGCAAAGGAGAAAAAGGAAUCCACGGAGGACGAGGACCCAAAGGUCCGCCGGGCUAUCGGGGUCCUCCUGGUCCUCCAGGUCCUGGAUUUAAAGGAGAGGAGGGAUUUAAAGGAGCAACAGGUGUGACAGGUCCACCUGGUUACGCCGGUGGCCCAGGCCCUCGGGGAGAGCCGGGUGAAGACAGACCACCAGGCCCACAGGGACACAAAGGCCUGAUGGGAGACACUGGUGUCACAGGACCAGUUGGUAUGAAGGGGGAGAUCGGACCACCAGGUAACGACGGCUCACAAGGACCUCCAGGACCCACAGGGAGGAGAGGUCUGAGGGGGGAGGACGUAUCCAGGGACGUGGUGCUGCUGCCAGGAGAUAAAGGCACAGCUGGAGACCUGGGAAUCCCAGGACACAAUGGAUCCCCAGGGGCCCAAGGAACACCUGGAGGUCCAGGUUUUAAGGGCAUCGGAGGAAGGGCUGGUAGAAGAGGACAAGGUGGUCGUCCUGGAUUUAAAGGGGACCAAGGAGAUCAAGGAUUCCAUGGAUCAAAAGGUAUCGCAGGUCAACGAGGUCCGGUUGGUGCUAAAGGUGUUCCAGGUCGAUCGGGUCCCUGCCGGGCAGCACCAGAGAACGAUGGCUUCCUGUUCACCAGACACAGCCAGGAACUCUUUAUCCCAGAAUGCCCUGCAGGAUCUACUCUGAUGUACAGCGGAUACUCACUGCUGUUCAUCAACGGAAACAACCGAGCUCACGGACAAGACCUGGGUACGUUGGGUAGUUGUUUACCUCGCUUCACCACCAUGCCCUUCCUGUUCUGUAACACUGACAGCACCUGUCGCUACGCUUCGCGCAACGACUACUCCUAUUGGCUGUCCACCGACCAAGUCCUGCCGGGCAGCAUGCCGCUGAUCUCCGGGGAUUCACUGAAGAAUUACAUCAGCCGGUGUACUGUGUGUGAGGCCAAAGCCAACGUGAUUGCCGUCCACAGUCAGACCAGUAUAAUUCCAGAGUGUCCGUCAGGCUGGGACCCUCUCUGGUUCGGAUACUCCUUCGUGAUGAAGGUACAAUAUGAAAUAAAAGACCCUGACCUCCCAGAACCAGUGAAACAGGAGUGGGGGCAGAGGGGUCGGGGCAGCCGCUGGCCUCUCCUGGAUCCUGUCUGGAAAACUUCAGGAAGAUUCCCUUCAUCGAGUGUCACGGCAGAGGAACCUGCAACUACUACACCGACUCCUACAGCUACUGGCUGGCUGCUCUCAACCCCAACGACAUGUUCAGUAAACCGAAGCCUCAGACCGAUACGGGAGAGUUUCCAGGAAGUCUGAUCAGCCGCUGUCGAGUGUGUAUGAAGCAGCUGUAACAAUCUGAGCUGAUAUUACUGACACUACUGAUCCUCCACCUGUAAAUACGACUGUUGCUAACACUACUGACACUGAUACUACUGAUAACAGAAACACGUACAAACAGAAGCGCUGAGACCAAAGUGAGGAAGGUUUAUGAUCUAAUAUCAGGUGACAUUCUCCGUAUCAUUUUUCUGACUUUCUACAUUUUUUAAUCUGUGAAGAAAAGUUUUGUCACGAUAAGUGUUUGUUGUUGUAAUACUCGUUUCAGCAAAAGAGGCUGAAGUGCAGCUCAACCACGUGUUAUAAAAACUAAAAGCGUCCAUGUUUUGUUCCAGGGGAGUUUCAGUUUCUCCACUCGCUCAUGUGACGUGAUGUCAUGUCUUUAUUUUGUCUAGAAAUGUUUUUUGAUCGGUGCUAAUCUUUUAGUUCUUUUUAGAACAUGAGGUCGUGCUGCACGUAGAAAUAAGUAUAACAACAACAAACUCUUCAACUCUGACGACAACAAACUAAAGAUUCACCUGGUAAAACCUUUUUCUUUUACAGAUGAAAAAAAAAAGAAAUGAGAAAAUGAUCCUGGCAAAACAUUGUUUCCAAUCAUUUCCAUAAAAACACUUUUAAUGCUACUUCAAGUGUAUAUAUAUAUAUAUAUAUAUAUAUAUAUAUAUAAAACUAUAUAUAAUAAAGCUGCUCAGAAUUCAAAUGUUGAUUUAGGAUUUGAACGCCACUAUUACUGUACGUACUGUUUCUGCUGGGACAGUAACUGUACUACUGUCACCACUACUAAUACGACUAAUACUACUGGAGCUGAAACACCACAGAAGAAGAAGCUGCAGUUCCUCCAACAGCCACCAGCAAAACUUGAAGUGAAUGAGAAGAAAGAAAUUAUCCCAUUUUUAUUUUCUGCACGGCAACAGUGUGGAGCUUUCUGAUCGGAUGAGUCUCACUGCAAUGCACUCUGGGUCUUGUAGUCAUCAAAAGUUGUUCUGGACUCUGCAGGAACAUGUUCUAUAUAUUGUGUAAUAAAUGAUAUUAAAGUACUACUUGUAAUAAUACGACGUGUUUACUCCUAAAGCCUCAAAGGUGUGUUGUACAUACUCUCCUCCUGUAACUCUUGAACUCAUAUAAAGUCAACAUUUUGUUUUGUGAAUAUGAUUCUUGUUGAGUUUGAAUAAAACAUGUUAUUUUACAGAAGUCACUUUGCUGACUUGAAUACUC